AUGUCGACUAUCUCAAGGUUCAUCAAAUACAUCCCUGUCUUGAACUUGUUCUAUGAUAUCUUCUUCAACGGGACACCAUCGAUUGAAGCGAUCAAGGAUUCGUUGAACGUGCAGGCCCUCCUGAGUGCAUUGCUGAUUGCCAUUGUGAUCUCAUACCCUGGGGCUUUUGAAUAUGAUGAGCUUAAGGAGGCAACCCUACGAGUCGGAAGGUGCUACUAUGCAUUUGAUCCGGACCCUUUCAUGGCAGCCAACUAUCUUCGAGAAGAAGUCUUUUAUUCGACCCUUUUUCUCAGCAACAAUGUUUUAAUGGUGGUUUUGGUGUACCUAUCUUUGGCUGGAUUGAAGUUGAACGAUGAGCUGGGGGAAGAGCGCUUUGAAAACUGGUACUACUACGUGCGCUUCCUGCUGGUAUUCAUGACCUUGUUUAUGGUGGCAGGUGUGAUUACAUUUGGCCGGUGCUCCUUCUUUAUGUUUAUUCUCAAGUUCCCGGUUGCUGAGGAGUACGAGAACUGUAGUGGCGGUAAGACUGGAGAGGAUUCCCCUUUCGCCUUGCAGAGAGACUUGGGCAAUAUCAUUUGGUUAGGGACUAUUGGCUUCGUGCUGAUCGUCUUGAGCCUAGCGCAUUUCUGGCAACUUCGAAUGGACGAGGGCCAAGGCAAGUCUGAGGAAGUUACCUCAACUCCUGUGCUUCAGAUUGUUCCACGCCCUCAUGAGGAUGACUGA